UCGUCCUACGAGGGACACGUUUACGAGCGGAAUCUCACUUGAAGACGCAGAGCCGAAGGGAAACGCGCGGAAAGCUUCUAAAUUACAAUGUCAACGCCCGCUACGGACCCGUUGCUGUCCACCGUUUCCGGGGAAUUGACGACCGCUCUUAUACCGACGGUUACCAAGAUCGAUACACGGUUGGACGUCAAUCCCGUUUCGAUGGUUUUGGCGGUGUCGAUAGUCUUCAUUUUAUCACCGAUCACCAUCAUCGGGAACUCCAUUAUCCUGGUUGCCUUCUACAAGUACAAAAGGUUACGGACUGCAUCCAAUUAUCUACUAGUCUCUUUGGCCGUCAGCGACUUUGGGGUCGGUGUGUUCAUGCCCUUUGGGAUGCAGCUAGAGUUAUCUGGGCUGCCGGAAAAUGGCGUUUCCACGUCGUGCAUCGUACCAUACUGCAUCAUGAUUGCACUGUGCAGCGUGAGCGUGCUGGUGACUGUAGCAAUCGCUGUAGACCGGUUGACGUCGCUUGCACAGCCCCUCAGGUACAAGAACAUCAUCACUCACAGCAGCAUCGAGAAGUACAUCGCCGUGUUCUGGAUCUACGCGAUCGUUGUCGGCCUCUCGCCUUUGAUCUAUGCCAAAAUAGCAGGAGAAACUCAACCACACAGUGGCAACUGCAGGUUUGGUGCAGCAGUGCUCCCGCCAGUAAGGGUGUUCCUGGUAGUGGCAGUAUGGGCACCCAGUGCUCUCGUUCUCCUCGGUUGCUACAUGUACGUGUAUCUGGUGGCACGUGCACACGCACGUGCGAUUUACACGGUAGAACUAUCGUUCAGACACCAAACGCAGACCCUGGCAUUACCGCGUUACGGUCAAACACUGGCAGUCACGGUCGGCGCGUUUCUCAUCUUCUGGCUUCCCUUUCAAACCUGCAUGCUGCUGGAUAUUUUUUGCGGUACCAACAUUCUUACCAAAUGGGCGGUCGUAUGGCUUGGACUGCCCAUUAUGGCGCACAGUGGCGUGAAUCCAUGGAUUUACGCUUUCCAUCACGGCGAAAUGAGGGUUGCAGCGGGUAAAAUUACCGAGGGGCUGGUUGCUUUAUUCGGAAUGACACCCAGCCGUUACGGUUGUUCGCCAAUGAGACGCGGUUCCAAUACGAAUAUGGAAUUAGCCGAGGUGAACAACAGCAACGAUGGUAGAAGGCAUCCUGUGGAAGAUUGUUUCGCUACAAAACAAAACAAAACUUUAUACACAAGCAGGCGAGGCCUGGAAGUGUCAGGAAAGCACACAGACAUCUCACCAGAAAGGAACAUGGAUCAUACGUCUUCUGAGAGUAGACAAGCAGAUAUCGUCGAGGAGAAUAUCCACGAUCUCACGAAAAUGCUUGAUCUAAAGUACAUCAUCGAUCGGAAUCACAUGAUCGACUCAAAUCACAAUAUCGACAAGAUCAAAAAUCUGAAGUAUCUUCUGGAUCCAACGUUCAAUAAAAUUAGACACCUGAGAAGAUUGAAUCACAAGAGGCUCACUAGUAAGAAUUUUUCGAAGGCGUCGGAACCGAAGUUCAUCUCCUAUCAGAAUUUAAAGAGCGACGUAACAUUGAAUCGCAAAGUAUUGCAAAUGAAUACUAUGUCGGACCCCGUGCUAAGCGCUAACAGUCCCAUAGUGCACACGAAAGAUUUCCACAACGGUUUGAGUCCUAUCAAUUGCAAAAGAAGAAAUUCGAAUCUUUGUUCGAUGUCUGAUCCUAAUAUCAAAUCGGCGACCGCAAUCUCUUCAGAGGUGAAUCUUCGACUUCCAACCGGUGGAAAUACCACCGAAGCUCAUAGAUACUCUGUACAGAAUUUGGAUCACAAUAAUAAGUACGAGGGUGGAUUGGCUAAACACGUUAUGCUAUCUCGACAAUUGGAGAAUCAGAAGCGACUUCAAAUUUAUCCACGACCGCGAUUGAAGAUUAAUAGUCCCUUCGAUCGAAACAGUCCGAAUCUAAACCUCAGACUUCAGAACAACUACACGCCGCCAUCCACUCCGGAUAGUACAAGGUCGAGCUUGUUGGAUAGCCCAAGACAGAAGACGUCUCCGAAGCAUAUGACAAUUACUUCGAACAAAUUAGCCAAUCUUGUUCAUGUGGAUAAUACUCCGAGGUACUUGGAGCCCAGAAUAGAUCCAGCUUCCAAAGUAUUACAAAUGCGAAGGAACAUGGAAAUACUGAAACAUUCCGAAUCGAUCAAUACCAUCGAACCGAUGACGCACGUAAGAUUGUUAGAGCCUUACAGAGUCAUGGAGAGUCUGGCAGUACCGACAAUACACUCGGAACCACCGAGUCCCAUAGAUCCACUUCCUCUUGCUUCUCUACAAGAAGAAGACACGAAAAACUCUGAAACAUCGAAGCCUUCCAUUAGUAUCGAUUGCUUAAAAUCUCCAAUGGGUAAUAGGAGGAGUCCAGUUAGACACUCAGACCCUGUGAUACCAUCCGUCUUGUUGAAUAUUGAAGAUUAUAGCGAAGACCACGAAUCAAUUAAUAACAAAUCUAGUCACGAUAGUUCCUCAAAUAAUAUGGUAUCGUCGGGUCAAAUAGCACCGAUAGAACCCAUCGAUCUAUUCGAAGCCUUGUUGAAAAACUCAGAAAGAUGUCGAGAAGGGAGAUUACCAGACCCGAUCUUCGCUGAGCACGAUUCGACGAGAUUCAGCUCGAGAAGACCCUCGGACUCGAAAUGGUCAGAGUCAUCGAGAAGCCAAGAGAUCCUGUCCAACGUAGUCACCGAACAUCAGGCGUUCCCUUCGUCCUACUCGGUGAACAAUUUUCAGGUCUGUAACAGUGGCAGCGAUCUCAACGAUCUGACGUCCCUCGAUCCAUUUAUGUGUCCGGACGCCUUGACAUCGUCGUUACGCGAGUCGUUCUUUAGCGCUCCAUCCGUACCUGAUUCAGAAAUCUUCACAUCGUUCGAAGAAAAUGAAGAAUUCACGCCUGAUUCCGAACACAAUCUGUCUCCUUAUAAUUCCAGAUCGACGAUCAAUUUGAAAAAGCCAGCGAUCGAGAACGUUCUACAAAGCAAGUCCACAGAGUCUAUGUUUCGAAACGGUUGUCUAUCGACGAAAUCGUGUGCGAUUUUGAGAUUAGAGCCCUCUUUACAUCGAAAUAGAUUGCGCAUCAAACCAGGAGUGGACUAUAUCCUAAAGGAUAUGUCUAUUAAGAAUUCACAUUUGGCCCCGCUCGCCUCACCGACACCUACAGAAAUCUGCACUCCUACCAUUGAGCUCGUUUCGGAAAUAAAAGGUGACAGUGGUGUCGGUGUCAGAGUAUAGAUUUAUUGUGAACGCUUCGAAGCAGUUGGUGAAUAGAAUUAAUCGUUUGUUCAGACAAACAUGGUGAAAUAAAACAAGAAACCUUUGCUUAGAAUUGUUUUUCGAUUGCGAUGUUCUGCUCGUCGAAUUGGGAUUUUUACGGUAUACAUACCAUGUUGCAUAAUGAUACGAUUACACGUCUGUAUUUUUAUAAUAGCCUGAUGCCUGCAUGGAGAAAUUAUUCUGUCUAUCUUAUUCUAAC